AUGUCUGGAAAAGUUGAUAAGAAGAAGGCGGCCGUCGCCAAACAUACUGAAUUGACCUCGUUGGCAGCUAAAAUUAAGGCUAAGGCUUUAGAGAAUCAACAGAAACUGAAAGAACAGGAGGCAGCAGCUGAAAGUUCAAAUUCAGAUUCAAAUUCAGACUCUGAAUCAAACUCUCGUGAGAGAAAGAAGAAAUUAAAUAGCAAAGAAGCAGAUGUGGAAGACGAGACGGAACAUGAAACGUUUGAAUCAUUCUCUGAAUUGGACUUAGUUCCAGAAUUAUUACAAGCUUGUAAGAACCUAAACUAUACAAAACCUACACCAAUUCAAUCCAGAUCUAUUCCACCUGCUUUGAAAGGUAAUGAUAUUAUAGGGUUAGCACAAACAGGUUCUGGUAAGACUGCCGCAUUUGCCAUCCCUAUUCUAAACAGUUUAUGGCAUGACCAACAACCAUAUUAUGCAUGUAUUUUGGCACCAACAAGAGAAUUGGCUCAACAGAUUAAAGAAACGUUUGACUCUUUGGGUUCUCUCAUGGGUGUGCGUUCUACAUGUAUUGUUGGUGGUAUGAACAUGAUGGAUCAAGCUAGAGAUUUAAUGAGGAAACCCCAUAUUAUCAUUGCAACACCAGGUAGAUUAAUGGAUCAUCUUGAAAACACCAAAGGGUUUUCCUUGAGGAAAUUAAAAUAUUUGGUCAUGGAUGAAGCUGAUAGAUUAUUAGAUAUGGAAUUCGGACCUGUGUUAGAUAGAAUUUUAAAGAUUCUACCCACUCAGGGAAGAACUACGUAUUUGUUUUCUGCCACUAUGACUUCUAAGAUUGAUAAAUUACAAAGAGCAAGUUUAACUAACCCUGUUAAAUGUGCUGUUUCCAAUAAAUAUCAAACAGUAGAUACUUUAGUGCAAACGUUGAUUGUAGUUCCCGGUGGGUUGAAGGAUACUUAUUUGGUCUAUUUAUUAAAUGAAUUCAUUGGUAAAACUACAAUCAUUUUCACGAGGACGAAGGCUAAUGCGGAGAGAAUAUCAGGUCUUUGUAAUUUGCUAGAAUUCAAUGCUACCGCUCUACAUGGUGAUUUAAAUCAAAACCAAAGAACUGGUGCACUUGAUUUAUUUAAGGCUGGUAGAAAAUCUAUUUUGGUUGCCACCGAUGUUGCCGCUAGAGGGUUAGAUAUUCCAUCUGUGGAUAUUGUUAUUAAUUAUGAUAUUCCUGUGGAUUCUAAAUCUUACAUUCAUCGUGUUGGUAGAACCGCGAGAGCUGGGAGAUCGGGUAAAUCGAUUUCCUUAGUUUCUCAAUAUGAUUUAGAAUUAAUAUUGAGAAUUGAAGAAGUUUUGGGGAAGAAAUUACCUAAGGAAUCAGUGGAUAAAGAAAUGAUUCUUCAUUUUAGAGAUUCUGUGGAUAAGGCCAAUGGUGAAGUUAUUAUGGAAAUGAAUAGAAGAAAUAAAGAGAAACAACUUAGAGGCAAAGGUAGAAGAGGAAGAAUGAUGUCUAGGGAAAACAUGGAUAGAGGAGAGCGUUAA